GUUUCCGAAAGGUGAACGUUUCACGAGUCAACACUAAACGUCUUUCGAGAAGUUCUAAUCGCUGUUUGCUACAUUUUCUUUCUUGUAUCCGUCAUCUAAUAUUUAGUGUGAUGAAAUAAUAAAGUAUAAGCUAGUAUUUUCGCCAUUAGUGUUAAUAGUAACAAGUAACAGCUAGAUUUUAAUAUUAGCUAAUAUGGGCGACGAAAGCCACCCGAAAACUCUCUACGUCGGGAAUUUAGACGCGAGUGUGACAGAAGAAUUCUUAUACGCGUUGUUUGGUCAAAUUGGUGAGGUAAAAGGGUGUAAAAUUAUUCGUGAACCAGGUAACGAUCCAUAUGCGUUCGUCGAGUUUACCAAUCAUUCGGCAGCGGCUACUGCUUUGGCCGCCAUGAACAAGCGAGUAUUUCUUGACAAGGAAGUGAAGGUUAACUGGGCUACGAGUCCGGGUAAUCAGCCCAAAACGGACACAAGUAACCAUCAUCACAUAUUCGUCGGCGAUCUGUCUCCCGAAAUUGAAACCCAUAUAUUACGAGACGCUUUUGCUCCAUUUGGUGAAAUUUCGAACUGCCGAAUAGUGCGCGACCCACAAACGCUCAAAUCUAAAGGUUAUGCAUUCGUAUCGUUUGUUAAAAAAGCUGACGCUGAAGCAGCGAUCCAAGCUAUGAAUGGACAGUGGUUGGGUUCUCGGUCCAUACGUACCAACUGGUCGACGCGCAAACCUCCAGCCAAAGGAACGAAUGAAGGGGCACCUACCACUAAAAGAGCGAAACAGCCAACAUUUGAUGAGGUUUACAACCAAAGUUCACCGACAAACACUACAGUGUACUGUGGAGGUUUCACAAGUAAUAUUAUCACAGAAGACCUAAUGCAGAACACAUUCUCACAAUUUGGUCCAAUACAAGAUAUACGAGUAUUCAGGGAUAAGGGUUAUGCAUUCAUUAGGUUCACAACUAAAGAAGCUGCUGCACAUGCUAUAGAAGCGACACAUAAUACAGAAAUAAGUGGACAUACAGUAAAAUGUUUCUGGGGCAAGGAAAAUGGAGGAAAUGAGAGUCAGACAUCAAGCAAUCCACCAUCAGCUCCACCAGCAAUGGGCGCUCAGAACCAGUACCCUUAUGCUUAUCAACAGGGAAUGGGAUAUUGGUAUGCUCAGGGUUACCCCGCCAUACAAGGGUAUAUGGCGCCAGGUUAUUACCAGCAAUAUGCAGCCUAUAGCAACCCACAGGCGGCCGCUGCUGCUGGUUACCGCAUGAACAUGCCCGGGGGCGGCGGCGGCGCGACGGGCUCGUGGAGUGGAGGAGGGCCCCAGCCCGUCAUGUACGCGUCCGCCAUGCCGUCCGCGCAGUACCCCUCCCAGUAGCGCAGCCCGCACUAGACGCCCCCCUUACACUGGACACCUCCACACAGACUGACUCACAAGACCUUGGCUAGCGGCCGAUAUGCCACACAAUAUUUCAUGGAUCUGCCGAAUUGACAAGCAAAAUGACUGCACUAUUACAGACGCAUACCGGUCUCCGUCAUGAUGAAUACUUACGACCUCCCGAUAUUUCGGCUGUGUUCCAAGAGCCGUGGACGCGGAGUGACUGGCAUACGUGUGGAUGUUAUUGACUUUCGCUAGUCAUACCGCGUCCACUAUUGAUCAGGACGGACAUUCUGUAAGUGACUAUUUAAGUGUAAUUGAAAGCCUUGAAAGGUUAAUUAAACAAGAUUGCUGCAAAGAUGGAUUCACGUUACAACAUCCUAAUUUGCAAAGGCUGCACAACAGAAUACUGUUUGAGUAUCUCGAGGCAGCAUACACUUAGUUUCUUCCACUCACAAACACACACACAAGCUCGGCUGCGUUAUAAUAAUUAUAUCGUAGUUUUUUGCGAUUAUACAUUGACAAAUCUUGCAAAUUUUGUGAAUAAAACACACAUUCUGUUCAAGAAAGACUUCAAAUUUAAUGAAUGUAAGUAAACUAUAAUUAUUGGCUAGAUAUGUAUGUAAGAUAUACUAAUAGAACAUAAAACGAUAUCUAAGAAUGCCUUAACAUAAAUUAGAAGGUCAUCCACGUACAUAUAUGGGACCUAUAUUCUUGGUUGUGGGGAAAACUAAAAAAAUGUGUAAUUGGAAAACAUUCCGUCAUACAUACGUACAGACCGAUUUGUACUUAUCGUUAAUGUUCUAGCCUUCAACAUAAUAUUGUGUUAAGGGUUCGCAAUAUUUUCGCCUUUUUAUAUAAUUUACUACACGCUGGUCGAUUUUGUAAGGGUUUAUAGUUUCGACGAUAUCAUAGAAGUUUGCCUUUGUUUUUAAUUAUUUUUCCGAUUUAAAUAUUAUAAAAUCAAGUUGAAAGAUUUUAUUGACGUUAGGGAUACCACGACUUAAGUUACUUUGACACGGUGCUAACGUAACGGUACUAACGCAACCCUAAAGGUUUUGGCUACGGUAUUUUAGCGAUAUACUUCAAUAAUGCUUAUAAAUUGGUAGCAGAAAAUAUUUUUAUAUUUUCCAGACACAAAAUUUUGAAUUGAAGGUCUUCUGCCAUAACUCAACUUAUAAGAUGAAUACAGAACACAAAUCACAAUUGUAUAUUAAUACCUACACUUAAAACUACACUUUUAUAAAAGUGACUUAUGCAGCAACUCUGUAUAUCUAACAUAAGUGUGUCCAGUGUAAUUGCGGCGAUACGAUUGACAUAUCCGAAUGACAAGCCAGUCGACGCAUCAUAGAGUUUGUCAAUGGCCAGAGCGAGGUUCCGCCAUCUUGACUGGAGCCAGCGCCAUCUUGUCGUUCGGACGCCACGGCGCCCUUUGCAGUCGAUAAUAGAUAGGACAUAACGAAAUAAAUUAUAAAUAGAAAAGUUAUAUGAUUAAGGGAGGUUGUGUCGCGAGUGGGCUCGUGUACAUAAGUUGAUAUAUUUAUUGGAGGCCCCGUGAAGCAGACUGAGGACCGGACUACUUGUUGGACGCGCCAGAUUGUUUAGACGUAUUUAAGUUCGGCACACAUGUUGUUUUAUUUGUUAUGAUUUAUUGUAAUGAAACACUGGUGAGUCAAUAAAGCAGUGGCUCUGGGACCGAGUGUUUCAUUUAUAACGUCAGAUGUUGUAUGGUCCAAUGAAGAACAUCCUGUUCGCUGUGCUGUGAUUGAGAAUGCGCUGAAGGCGGAUUAAUGAGAAAUUAUUGUAAAUUCAUAACGUCAUUUUGUAAAAGGAAGAAAUAAAUAGUUUAAGUUGAUUAA